GUUUUACUUUUCUUCUGAUAUUUUUUUUUUCUUCUUUCCCAUAACGCCAAAACUCCUUCAUUCUAUUCUAUUCUCUUCCUCACCCCGAGUUUGCUCAUUCUUCACCUCUCUUCUCUCUCUCACUUCCACUCCACUCCUCUCUCUCUCUCUCUCUCACACACACGCACCAUGAACUCUUCUUAUAUGCUGCACGCUCUUUCCUCUUGAACAGUGAAAUGGGUUCGUCCUCUUCUGUCCACCGAAACCAGCAAACCAACAUGAAGCACCUCACGCUCUCUUUGGAGUCCAAAGCUGAAAACCUCGUGAUUUCUUCAUCACCCUUCAAAGAAAAAUCCAAAAACGGAAACUUUGUGGCUGAUGAUGCAGCGUUUAAGUCUCAGUGGUCACCCUCUCGGUCAACCACCACCUUCUCAGUCACGGACUGUGGGGAUGAUGAUGGAAAGGAUGACUCAUUUUUUGACUCAAAGGCCUGGUUAGACUCAGACUGUGAAGAUGAUUUCUACAGUGUAAAGGGUGAGUUUACUCCAUCUCGUGGAAGCACUCCAUUGCACCACAUAUUUCUCAACAAAACCUCUUCUUCUGAGCCUGAACCAUCUCCAACAACACAAAAGAAAAAGUUGUUGGAUCUUUUCCGCGAAAGUGUGAGAGAAAAUCCAAGUGAAGAUGGUGAGAACACUUUUGACAAUGAAAUGAAAGAAGUGAAAGCAACAACUGUGCAUGAACUUCCGAAAUCUGCACACAGCACUCCGUAUGUUUCAUGGGGAAACUCUGCAUGUAGCAGUGAAAGAACGACGAAUGGAGAUCAUGUAUCCCUCAGAGAAAAAACUGUUAAAACUGUUCAGGGGUGCCUUCCGAGCUUGGCUUCAUGCCGUAGCUUCAGUGAGAGGAAGAGAAAGACAAGUCCUGCAAUAGCAGCAAAUGGAAAAGCUUAGUAGACAUGAUCAUCAAGAUCAAUGAACUGAAUAUCAUAGUGUACAUCUUUAACGUUAUCAUCCUUGUAAAGAGCCAAGUAGCAAUAUGAAUAUGAGAAUAUGAAAGCGUGUGCACAAACGGAAGAGAUGUAAUAUAUCAAUAAGCAAACAGAUUUUUGUUUCAUAAUCUAUGGAAUAAAUACCUUCUACAUUGCCUCCA